CGACAUUGUUCAACACCACGCCCACAUCAACCACCCUUAACGCACGUUACCGGAGAACAGUCGCCCAACAUGGCCACCCAAAGCGUGCAAUGCUUCGGCAAGAAGAAGACCGCGACUGCUGUCGCCCACUGCAAGGCCGGAAAGGGACUCAUCAAGGUCAACGGAAAGCCCCUCUCGCUCGUCCAGCCCGAGCUCCUCCGCUUCAAGGUCUACGAGCCCGUCCUCAUCCUUGGUGUUGACAAAUUCGCCGACGUUGACAUCCGAGUUCGCGUCUCUGGUGGUGGUCACACCUCGCAAAUCUACGCCAUCCGUCAAGCCAUCGCCAAGUCCAUCGUCGCCUACUACCAGAAAUACGUCGACGAGCACAGCAAGAACCAGCUCAAGCAGGCUCUCGUCCAGUACGACCGAACCCUCCUCGUCGCCGACAACAGGCGGUGCGAGCCCAAGAAGUUCGGCGGUCCCGGUGCGCGUGCGAGGUACCAAAAGUCUUACCGUUAAGCGAAGGAUUCGGAUCUGCGGGGGCAAUGGUUGCGGUGUUUUAUCGUGGGCUUUUCAUGGGUCUCAUGGGUCUCUUUCGCAGUUCUAUGACUGGGUGCUUUGCGGCAUAGUGCGGGCAUUCAAAUGGACUCGCGUCUUGUGACGAUACAAAAAGAAUAUAUUGGUUGCAAGGCACAAGAUAUAUGAUUAUGUUAUGAUAACAGAACAACCGUGCUGGUGUUAUACACGCAAUGACUUGUGGGAAAAUGACAAUCAUGCAGCCGCCUAAGAGGCUCGUUUUGCCUACGACAAGAUAUUGAUCCUGCGCCAUCGCUUGCAAGCAUCACACGAAAACCGCUGAAAUUACUAUGCU